AAGGGCGGUCCUACAUCCCUGCGGUUUCUCCGGCGCAGAACGUGAAGCAAAGAGUUGACCUAGUAAUGCAAAUCACCACGACAUUUUUCCAAAUAUUCCUCGAAUUUUGGGAACUAUGUACUUGCUUUUUGUUGUAGUUUAGUGAGCGAACGUGAUUUAACAUGAUGUUUUAAUUUGGUUGCGAUUUCUAGCAUCUAACGUGGAUGCAGAAAGUAUAAUAAUCAAAAUGAACUUCUCGUCUUGUUUUACUUGUUUUGGGACAACAACUCAAAACGGUAAACCAGUGAGUAACCCGAAACUAACGUCAAAUGAACAAAUCAGAGUCACCAACCCAGGGUCUCAAUGCAAUUCGACGGCCGGCACUAGUUCCUGCAGUGAUUCAGCGUUGGCCUCCAAAAACUGUUACCGAUUAGUGAUGUUAGGAGCAGCCAGAUCUGGAAAAACUUCACUGGUUUCGAGAUUUCUAGGAGGCAAAUUUUACGACAGUUAUACUCCUACAAUAGAAAAUUUUCACAGAAAAAUUUACAAAAUUCGGGGAGAAACGUAUCAGUUGGAUAUUUUGGAUACUUCCGGCAAUCACCCUUUCCCAGCUAUGAGAAGACUAUCAUUUUUGACUGGCGAAUUGUUUGUUAUUGUGUUCAGUUUGGACAGCCGUGGAUCAUUCGACGAGGCGAAAAAACUAAGAAAAGAAAUAAUUGAAACCAAACAAAAUGCGAGCAAUGCAAAAAGUGGCGGAAGUCAAAAAGGGAAAAAGUGUAAACCACCAAUACCUAUGGUAUUUGCAGGAAAUAAAUGUGACAAGGAAAUGCGAACGGUUAGUGCAGACGAGGUGCAAAUGUACUGCAAUAGUCAGGGUUCUUACUGUACUUUUGUGGAAACGUCUGCUAAAAAGAACUAUCAGGUUGAUGAAGUUUUUUAUCAGCUCUUCGCCAUAGCCACAUUGCCAACCGAAAUGGCUCCCAACCAUCAGAAGAGGAUCGACGACAUCAAGGUGAUACUAAAUCUGGACCACUUUCCAAGGAAAGUCCAAAAUCGAAAGUCUAGAAACGCACAAAGAACCAACCCCAGACCAAUAAGAUGUUAUGUGUUUGCAUGUUUUAAUGAGCAUUACUUUUAUAGCGAUGUAGACCAUCCUUUAAUAAAUGUAUUUUGCGGACGCAACUCAUUCGUACGGGAUUAUGGAUUGCGAUCAUUUCUCUGUUCUACUAAACUUCAAAUUUUAAAUCAACUUACGACUUGUUCAAGUCAUUUGGACAAGUCCUAAAGUGGGACGACAGAAAAAGUUAAUACUCAAUGUCUUUUAGGAAUCGACUUAAUUUUGGAUCACACCCGCAAAUUAAGAAUGUUGAAGAGCCCCAGGGCUUUACAAAGGGACUAUCAAUAACGGACGCACAUUUAUAAUCAAGCAAAUAAAA